CGUCAUACCUCCCCCGUAUUCACAAUCCGCAUGCGCAUUCACCUGUUACACGAACUCCUUGAAAAUAUGUCAAUAAUAACCUCACUGUCCAAAGGGAACUGACGUAACAUCACAAAGAUGGUAAUGGAUCCUCCGGAUGAACAAAAGAAAAUACACGUAAACCCAGACUUCCUCCCAAACAAAAACAAAGCGCUGAAUGGGACAAGAGUACAUGUAAACCCAGCAUUCUUCCAAAAAUCAAGACCUGCUCCAUCAGACCCAUUAGUCAGUCAGAACCAGUCUCUACAUACUAGGCAUAACUAUUACCCAUCAAAUGUCUCUAGCAUAUCCAGGGUCGAUUCCACACAUUAUAAGCAGCAACAAUUGGCAUCUACAUAUGCCAGCACAGCCUCUGUGUCUAGGGUUCACUAUCCUGCAACCAGGUUGUUAGCAAGUGGAGCCCAGACACACAAUAAAUAUGAGAGCAAUAACUCUUUGUCACCAUACUGUAAUCUGUCUUCUACCAAAGCUGGUGAUGUUGCUGCUAGCUCUUCCAAACCCAUUGGAGGGAAGUCUUUGCAUUUAUUGACAGGAAGAAGAGAAAAUCAGGGACAUAACCUAGGUAAUGCUUCUACCCAAAAUAAAAUAAUCCCUAACACUACAUAUACAAAUUUAUAUCCCAGUCAACCAUAUGUGAAACAAAAAAUAUCUCCAUACUCAUGGACAGCCAAUAAGGUUCUGGUCACAGGCUCAGACAAGAUCCUGAAUCAUAGUGUAUAUAAAGUAAAUCCGACAAGUAACUUGCAACAAAAUGCAAGCCAAACUUCAACUAGUAGACAUGGCAAUGUUAAGAGGAUUUUCACAAAGAGCGGGAUCCAAGUACCUGGAAUGCAUACUCAACCUCCACAAAUAGAGAGUGGAAAAUCACAAUUAGGAACUACCUCCACAAAAACUUCCAACAUCUUGGUCAAUCCUAAACUCAUUCAAUCAAUAGCAAGUAACAGUAAUCCUGUUUUAAAUCAACAAGCUGUGAAUUUAAGCAGACCUUAUCCUGAGCAGCAGACAAAGUUGGAACAGGCAAUAUCACAGCAUGUUAGUGCCAAAAAAAGUUUAAUAAGAAAUCUAAAGGAGACUCCAAAGAAAGCAUCAAAGUUCAAAGUUAUCUCCAAGACAAAACUGGUGCGGCGGCGCUCAAGCAGCAUGUCAUCAGAUAAGGGUCGCAUUGGAGUACUGAAGAAGAGUCAUCUUAAAAGCAGUGUUAGUUCAGUACCUCAGCCUUCACUUAAAUUUCCCACACAGGCCAGGAAAUAUUCAACCAGCUCAGGUGUGAAAAAGCGCUACCUUGUUAAAUCUCGAACGAAACUUGUGAGACAGCUUUCUGGUUCAAGCAAUGUGGGUAAAGAUGCUAGUCCUGGCAAUGCAAAGUAUACGUUGAAGACAAAGACCAAACUUGUACGAAGAAAAUCCAGUAGCAGCUCCUCUAAUAAGACUGAGGAGGGUGAAAAUCAAGCCACAAAGUCUGCUAAUAACAAAACAAGUACAGAGAAAGGAAAGAAAUUUUUUGUGAUAUCAAAGACAAAAUUAGUUAGGAGAAGAUCAAAUUCUGGGGUAUUUAAAUCCAAUGUAUUGGUAAGGAAUGCAACUGCUAAACCUAUCAAGUGCUGGUCUUCCAAAUUUUGUGGUCUUUCUCAGGCAAGAAAUGCAAAUAUCUAUAAAGUAGUGAACAAUAGUAUUAGGUUAUCACUGAAACAGAAGGCUGCCAAGGGGAUCAUAUCCAAGUACAAGAUCAAUCGCCUUAAGUCAGAUUCCUCUCAGAAAGCCAAAAGUUAUGGAGAAAAGUCACUCCAUAGACAUGCGAACAGUGUAUACAAAGUGAAUAAUGCCAUUGGUCUGUAUCAGAAGCAGAAAGGAAUGAAGGGCCAUGUGUCAAAGUACAAGAUUAAUCGCUUAAAGCUGGACUCUUCCCACAGUUUUAAGGCUAAGACUGGGUAUCCAUUUAAGAAAGGGAAACUGGGAAUUCGCUCAGACCGGAUUAUUAAUAUUGGAGGAAUUUUAUACAAGUCAACUAAAACUUCAUUAAGGAAGCAGCUGGCUAAAAAAUUAGAGAAUGAAAAGAAAGCAGCAGAUUCCAUGUGUGUUGUUCAUCUUCGUGGUCACAAGUUCCAAGUUGGUGCCGGGGGGCGAACCCUGAAGAGAAUAACAGAUACCACAAGUUCUGGAAGAAUGCAGCCUGCCCUCUCUAGAGUUCACAUUGGUGGCCUCACUUAUUCUCGCACAGCAAAUGGCCAGUAUGAACUAACAAGGGUUCAUCAGGCUCGGGCUGUGGAUUCAGCAGGGAAGUGUAGCAAUGUGGUGAUCAAGCAACUAGAGACAGCAUUGCAAAACCAUGAUUGGCAUCCAAGUUCUAAGGACAACAGACAAGAAUAG